GUCCGUGGCAGUGCAUCCGGCGCGGCGAUUGCACCGCCUAGCAGUCUUCUGGAGGACGUGGUUGUAACGCCGGACUCCUCCUCUCUGGCUGCUGCUGCCAGCGGAACUAUGUCAUCCAGCGACUCCACCAAACCCGAAAUUGAUGACGCUGAAGUCAAGGCCAUCGGAGACAAGUUUGGCAUGUGA